GCAUCCCCAAUGCGUACCUCAGCUGGCUGCCGUGUCUCCAGAUCGAUGGCGGCAACAUGUGGAAGGAGGACACCUUGAUUAUCGAAAGGGACUGCUUGACGUGCGUUCUUGCCCGUGGAACAGGACCAGUUGCGGCUGGACUUGAUGUCACAAGCAAGGGGACAAUGGGAAGAAACCUGAAGUACCUGAUGAUCGCACGGUAUAACUUGCCGGUUGAGUAUGUAAAGGGGUACACCGCAAGAGACGGCAGUGCUGACAAGGAACUCGGCGCAGAACUCGCAGAACCUUCUCGACUACCACCACACGAAGAUGGGGAUCCGUUUAUUUUAGAACCAGGUGAGCAGGGUCAAGAGAGGGACCAGUCAAGCGAGGAUGCGAAUUUCAUCGGUGGCACUCGGAAGCAGCAGGCCGACUAUCAGGAUUACGAUGACUCAAUGUACGAGCCUUCAGAGCCGGAGGAACCUCCUAAGGAGCUGCAGGAGGACACGACACAGAACCCAAGUGAUCCAGACCCUCAUCAAGAUUGUGUGGCCCCAGCGUCUACCUAUCUGCUGUUCGCCAAGGCGUUACCGAGCAAUGGGUCGGCAGUGGUCAAGGCAGCACUGCAGGAUGUUAUUCUGUAUUUGCAGGCGCACGGGCUACCUAUCUACCGAUUACAUGCGGACAAGGGCGAGACUUACAACCACUCAGUUCGCACCUGGCUCAGAGAUCAGGCGAUACGAGCAACAUGGUCCGAGCCCGGAAUUCCCCAAGGGAAUGGCCAGGCUGAAGGGGCAGUUCGUUGGAUCAAGGACAAGGCCAGAACACUACUGCUGUCCUCGAGGUUACCAACUCGGCUCUGGCCAACGGCGGUGGAAGCUGCAGCAGCUAUGCAACGAGCGCGAGUUCUGGGAUGGAAGAGCAAACUGCUUGCUCCAUUCGGAGCGGUUGUCCAUGUGAAGCAGAAGGUGUUCGAUUCAUCAGGACCCCGACGAAGGGAAAGGGCCUUUGAGUCAAAAUGGAUUCGAGGACGCUACGUUGGACUGAGCAGUAUCCUGGACAAUGGCCACGUGGUGUACAUCCCCGAAGAGCAGGGGGGAAGGAAAAGUUUAUUCAUACUUUUCAUGUACGACCUCGGUUAA